CCAGAGAGGAGGAGUUUUCCUCAUGUCUCUUUCAGCGGGGGACUGCUGCUCUCUCUCUCCUGCUCCAGUAAGUGGAGGUGUAAGUUCCUUCUUCACCAGCCUCAACUUCAUUUAUCAGGUGAGUAGAGCUUUCUAAUGCUUGUUUGUUUGACAUCCUUGAAAUAAGAAAGGAGUUUAAUAACUUUUACUGCUUAAGCCAGUCAUUAUGUGAAGGUUAAUUUGUUUAUUUUGGUUGUACUUUGGCUGAAAGAGGUUAAUUAAGUAUCUGACGCUGCUAACCUCUCAGAGAACAAGUUUGACACAUGGCAACAGAAAGAAGGAGCUUUGAUUUUUCACAUGGUGUGACUAAAUCUUGUAAAAGGCGGAUUUUAAGUUAAGUCACUGAUAUGCUUGUAUGCAUGGUGUUAACAUGAGAUGUCUUCAUGCCAGGCUCUAAACCACCAAACACAACAGAAAAAAACAGACAAAAAGAUUAAUUGCCCUGAUUUGAACUUAAACUGUCAGAGGACAUGAAGCCUGCUGCUCAUGUCUCAAAGUCUAUAAAAGGAACGUCAUGGGAGAGCCAUUCAGCGAUGCUAUUCCUGGACGUACUGCUGAUAAAAUGUGACAGAUGCAAAGAGGGGGCUUGUUGACGCACUCUCUGGCCCCCAGCAUCACCUGGCUGCACACAUGUUUUCAAAAGGUGUCAGUUUCCGGUUGUGCCUGAAAAGAAAACUACGCAUUUCAGAUUGUUAAAUGACACCUUUCCACUUAAAUCCAGCAAGUAAAUUUGAGGACUUUGAUUACUGUUAGGAAAACAAUGAAGAAGACACAAGGACAACAGGGCCUCCAUGCAAGAACACAAUUAAAGCUUGUGCAUGCAAAGCUCAACAAUAUAUACCUUUUCAAUGUAGUUUGGUAUCCUGAAGGUGGCAUACUUUUAAGUCCUCCGAAUGUCCACUCACAAUUUGAUAAGAUGUCCAGAUCUUUUGCAUAUGACUUUGUCUGCCAGGUUUACACAAUAUAUCUUCAUCACAUCUUUAUUAUAGAGACAAACUGGACACAGAAAAAGAUCUUUUUUUUUUCUUUUCUGGGACAAAAAAUGUAAAAAAAAGCCAAUUCAGUUGGUAUAACCUCAUUCACCCUUUGCCACAGCUGAUACAUUUUAUUUAGAGCUAAAUCAAAAAUAAAAGGCUAAAUUUGUCCUGCUCCUGAGAGUAAUAUACUGUUUUUUUAACCAGUGACUAUGAUAUUGACUCGCAUUGUUGCUACCAAAGGAUAGUGUCACAGUUAUCUGACAUUUUUCUGACGUUAAAAUCUAAAGAGUAAAGCAUUUGAUUUAUCAGCACCUUUCAAGACACCCAGGAUCACCUUGUUUUCUUUGUAUUUCAGAAGGUUUGGGCUGUGUACUGCUGCUUCAGCCAUGGCACCCAAAAAGAACAAGACGACCAAGAAGAACAAAGGAGACAUAAAUGAGAUGACCAUCAUGGUGGAGGACAGCCCAAUCAACAAGAUCAACGGCUUAAACACUCUGUUGGAGGGGGGAAACGGCUUUAGUUGCAUUUCCACUGAAGUCAAUGAUUCUGCGUAUGCCCCCAACCUCCUCGAAGGUUUGAGCAACAUGAGACAUGACAGCUUCCUCUGUGAUCUGACAGUCGCCACCAAGUCAAAGUCAUUCGAUGUCCACAAGGUGGUCAUGGCCUCCUGCAGCGAGUACAUUCGAAACAUCUUGAAGAAGGAUUCCGCCCUCCAGAAGAUCGACCUGAACGACCUCUCACCUGUUGGCCUUGCCACAGCCAUCACAUAUGCUUACUCUGGAAAGCUGACCCUGUCACUGUACAGUAUCGGGAGCACCAUCGCGGCAGCCAUGCUGCUGCAGAUUGGCACUUUGGUGAAGAUGUGCAGCGAUUUCCUCAUGCAGGAGCUCAGCGUGGAGAACUGCAUGUAUGUGGCCAAUAUCGCUGAUGCCUAUGACCUCAAAGAAACCAAAGAGGCAACUCAGAAGUUCAUGCGGGAGAACUUCAUCGAGUUUUCCGAGAUGGAGCAGUUCCUGAAGCUCACCUACGAGCAGAUCAGUGAUUUCCUCGCUGAUGAUUCCCUGCAACUUCCCUCCGAGAUCACAGCCUUCCAGAUCGCCAUGAAGUGGUUGGACUUUGACGAGAAGAGGUUGAAGUAUGCUGCAGAUCUCCUGACCCACAUCCGAUUUGGCACUAUCUCCGCCCAGGACCUGGUGAAUCAUGUUCAGAGUGUGCCCAGAAUGAUGCAAGACUCCGAGUGCCACCGUCUUCUUGUUGACGCCAUGAAUUACCACCUGCUGCCGUACCAACAGAACAUCCUCCAGUCACGCAGAACGAAGGUACGCGGUGGCCUCAAGGUAAUCCUCACCGUUGGUGGACGCCCUGCCUUGACAGAGAAAUCCCUGAGCAAAGAAGUUCUUUAUAGAGAUACGGAUAAUGUUUGGAAUAAAUUGACAGAGAUGCCAGCAAAGAGCUUCAAUCAGUGCAUCGCAGUCUUGGAUGGCUUUCUUUAUGUGGCCGGUGGUGAGGACCAGAACGAUGCAAGGAACCAGGCCAAGCAUGCUGUCAGCAACUUCUGCAGGUAAGAACUGAAUGCCUUUUUCUAAACUUUGCAUGGCAUCAGUUAUUACAGGAAUAGUUGGAAAUGACAAUAACUCUUCUUUGUUUAGAUAUGAUCCUCGCUUCAACACUUGGAACCACUUGAGCAACAUGAUCCAGAGGCGUACCCACUUCAGUCUCAACACCUUCAAUGGCCUCUUGUUUGCCAUCGGAGGGCGAAACGCUGAUGGUGUUCAGGCUUCAGUGGAGUGCUAUGUCCCUUCAUCCAACCAGUGGCAGAUGAAGGCUCCUAUGGAGAUCCCUCGCUGCUGUCACGCCAGUUCCCUCAUCGACGGCAAGAUCCUUGUAUCAGGAGGUUACAUCAACAAUGCUUACUCCAGGGCUGUGUGCUCAUACGACCCAUCCACCGACACCUGGCAGGAUAAGAACAGCCUGAGCACACCUCGAGGAUGGCACUGCGCCGCCACAGUAGGUGACCGGGCCUACGUCAUCGGUGGUAGCCAGCUGGGAGGUCGUGGGGAGAGGGUGGAUGUCCUUGCUGUGGAGUGUUUCAACCCUCACUCUGGGCAGUGGAGCUACUGCACGCCUCUUCACACAGGUGUGAGCACGGCGGGUAUUUCUGUUUUGAACAACAAGGUGUAUCUCCUUGGGGGCUGGAACGAGGGUGAGAAGAAGUACAAGAAGUGCAUUCAGGUGUUCAACCCUGACCUCAACGAAUGGACUGAGGAUGACGAGUUACCAGAAGCUACAGUCGGCAUUUCAUGCUGUGUCGUCACCAUCCCCACAAGGAAAACACGAGAGUCCAGAGCCAGUUCAGCAUCUUCUGCACCAGUCAGUAUAUAAAGCAUUAGGUGAUAGUAGAACCAUAGUUUACAUGUCUAAAGGUCCCCAGGUUUUCUGUUGCAUAAAUCUUGGUUCCAAACUCUACAGUUGUCCUCCUUUUUUUUGCUAAAACAUGUUUUAACUCUCCUCAGAUGAGCUAAACAGAAUAAAAUUUAAAGAUGAUAAAUUUGGGAACAUGUUCUCGAGAUUUUUUUUUUAAAAUACUCAUCAUUUGCAGCAGGGCUAGAGUUUUUAAUAAGAAUUUUAAAGUGUUUUGAUAUUUAUAAAAUUAAUUAAAAUCAAUAUGAUGCCUUUUUAUGAUAUAUAAAAGCAAAUAAGACUAUUUGAUAAGGUAUUUAUACUGUCAUUUUUUAUAGCUCAAACUAGCAGUAGGAGGUAGAUGUCAACUGAGCCCCGACAGAAACAGCCUUGUAACUACUAUCAUAUAAAAUUUUCACCAUAAAUUGUACAUUUGACUGCCAGAAGAUACAUUUUGCGUCUGUAAGGAAAGAGAAACAAAGACUUCUUUGUCCACAGGGGGGCGCCAAAAUUGACACAAACUUAAAGUUCCUCACAGGAGCUUUAAUAAUCAAUAUCAGUUCAAGACAAGGGGACAGGUCAGAAGACAAUUUUUUCAUUGACAGAAACUUAUUGUGGGGCCAGCCAGUUGUAUUUACUACAUCCAACUGUUUUCUUCAUGCAAAUAUAAUGUCAUUUACAACUCAAAUCAUGAAAAUUAAAAGGCAAAUGAAAUUGAUUCAAACAGAACAGUAAUAAAUAGCAAAGAUGUUAGUAUUGCAGGAUUUUGUUUAUGGUGACUGUGGCUACUGUGAUUCUCAGAUACUUGAACAGAAUAAUAAACAGGAAGAUAACUGGAGCUGGAUGAAGUGUUGGCAUCACCUGCCAGGAGUGGGUGUUCAUGAUUAGAGUUAAAACACACAAACACACACACAGAAGGGCUGCAGUGUGUCCACAUGUGUAUCAGGCAGUCUGUUGUAUGUUUAUGUGAUCACCGUAAACACUUGGAUGAAUUCUGCAGGGAAAACGCUGUGAAGAUACUGAAGGUUGAAUGAGAUGGAUGUGAUAAAUUAUUUUGUAAAAAAGAAAAAGAAAAAUAUAACCGGAGGAAAGAUGUUGUCAGCCUGAGCUUUCCUGGAGUAUGAAUUCCUUGAAUGCUCAUGUCUUUUUUUUUUCUUUGUUUGUUUUUGAAUUAAAGAAAUGAAGUGUAA